AUGAGCAAGCGGCCUCCUCCUGAUCCGGUGGCUGUUCUCCGUGGCCACCGUGCUUCUGUUACGGAUGUCUGCUUGCAUCCCGUCAAGAACAUCCUCUUCAGCGGUUCCACUGAUGGGGAAUUGCGCAUUUGGGACUCAUUGCAGCGUAGGACCAUUUCAUCAUCAUGGGCUCACAGUGCAGCUCACGGCAUCAUCAGCAUCGCCACUGUUGGGGAGAACAGAGUGAUUAGUCAAGGAAGGGAUGGAGCUAUCAAACUCUGGGAUUUAGGAGAAGCUGGCAGCCUGUCCAGAAGCCCGCUCACUGCGAUUCACACGAAUUCGUAUCACUUCUGCAAGCUCUCUUUAUUGAACAAGCCCCGUGUUGAAAUCAUGCCAACUGAGGUUUCAGGGAGUGAGAAUAGCCCGAUGAAGCUGGAAGCGCGUAGUUAUGUUGCCACAGCUGGGGAAGAUUUGUCUGUGGUUGAGAUUUGGGAUGUCAACAAUGCUGAGAAGCUUGUGAAACUGCCUUCGAGCUCCGUGGAUCGUUCUACAAAAUCAAGGGGAAUGUGCAUGGCGGUUGGAGCUUUUUCACCAUCUGAAUCAGAGGUAUAUGCAAAUGUUGUAGCUGGAUUUGAGGAUGGUUCAAUGGUGUUGUGGGAUUUGAGAAAUCCUUCGUUGCCGGUGACGAGUGUGAAGUUUCACUCGGAGACAGUCCUGAGCUUGUCCAUUGACAAUUCAUGUGGAGGAGGGGUUUCUGGAUCUGCUGAUGAAAAAAUUGUGACAUUUAGUUUGAAUCCUUCGAUGGGGUCCUGUUUGGUCAAGAAAGAAACGGUUUUGGAGAGGCCCGGUAUAGCAGGCACCUCGAUAAGGCCCGAUGGUAAGAUUUUUGCCACUGCUGGUUGGGAUCACAGGGUGAGGGUAUAUGACUAUCGCAAAGGGAAUGCGUUGGCUAUAUUGAAAUAUCAUCACUCGAUUUGUAAUGCUGUCACAUUCUCAGCUGACAGUAAACUGAUGGCUUCAUCUUCGGAAGAUGCCACUAUAGCGCUAUGGGAGCUUUAUCCUCCUAGAAACUGACAUGGUGUAUCUUAUAAAUAUGUAGUAUUUGAUGCGUUGCAAGUUGAGAUCUUAUGCAAAAUAAAGGAUACAUUUUUAUGA